AUGCAUGACAGAUCAAACGAAAAGGGCGCCACUCCGCCGAAAUCCACCGCGAGAGUGGAGGAUGGCAAGAUCCGAAAAUUGAAAGCGGCAAGCAAAAGCGAUUCCCCCGCAAUUCAGCAUUUCAAUGGCAAAACAUAUGCUUGCGAGUCUUGUAAAAGAGGGCACCGAGUUCACAAGUGCGAUCAUGGAAAGACGAGACCCAUAUCAGAAACAAAUCAACCGGGUCGACCAUCCGGUGGUCAAAAACGAGGAUGUCAAUGCCCGAGGAACUGCGCCUGCACAACAAAAACCUGCAAAUGCGAAAGAGAUUGCGCGUGUACCCAGGAGAUGUAUCUAAUCGUCAGGCUUGACAGCCCCCAAGUCAUCAAUCGAGAAGCCACAUCCACCCCGAAACCUGUAUGGGAAGAUGCCCAUGGAAACAAGAUGACCCUAAAGAAGGUUUGGGCCGAUGCAAAUGGCAAAGAAAUCGACGACGAGGAAUACCAAGAUCGAAAACGCCGUAUGAAAGAGAGGGAGGAAGGGGUUGCUUCCCCCCCCCACGUCGUCCAAUCACCAUGUUGCAGUUCGAAGAAACCAAAAGAGGAGCCUGAAUCUCCCCCGUCCAUAUCUUCGGGAGGGUGUCGACAUCGACAAAAUGUUGCCGCGAUACAGCCUCAUUCCGACAGUCUCGCUCCAGACCCUCCUCCACACCAGGCUAAAAUUGCCAAUGACCCUUGGAUGUCUGCUUGUUCAUGUGGGUCCGGCUGCUCUUGUUUGUAUUGUCCCGACCAUCCCAACAACGCAACCUCGAUCAAUCAUACCCAGCAACAGGUCAAGCACCUGGCUGAACAUGCAUAUACCGGUGGUGAAGGUUUGAUGCCCAUGUCUUUCGUCCCAGACUCCAGUUCCACCUCCUGUAUGGGAGGACGACCAUCUUUCUUUCUUUCGAGAACACCCGGUGUUUCGCAACAACAACUUCAGCGAUUUUUCCCUGAAAAUUUCGACCCCAAUGCCAUUUAUCUGACAUAUCCCAUUCAACAGCACUCUUGGACGAAUCAGCCAGUUAGUGCCCAUUGUUCUCAUGUUCAUUCCCCAUCCGGCGUGAUGGCGGCGACUCCAGAGACGAGCGAUGCAUACGUAGAUUCCCUCAAUGAUUUGUCCAGUCAGUCGAUACCUUGGGAUCUAUUGCCAAAUGAUUCAAAUGGUACGUGGAAUUUCUCGGAUGGCCAAUUGGGUGAUACCUCAUUCAGCUGGAUCGACCUGGACGCAUCUCGCGGAACGGAUUACAGUAUUGGUCAAGCGACGGUGGCGUCAAUGUCAAAUGAGAGCCAUUUCCAAGAACUUCAAGUUACAACAGCCCAACCAACACCAAGUAUCGAAUUGAAUCUAGAUCCCAUGACCAGCCCAACCAUCUUGAACGGUUUCCCCGUUCUCGAGAGCAGUAGUUUUCCAACUCCGGCGCCACAACUGGACCCACAAAAUGCUUUUUUGAAUUUGGAGGUUGAAGGUAGCCAUGCUCUGCCCAAUCACACAGUCAAUGCACAAUCGAUGCCGAUAGAUCUUGGGUUCUCACAGCAGAGCGCGCUCAAUGGAAAUCCCUCGAGCCAUGCUGACGGUGAAUCCAUGCAACCCCCAGGAGUAUCUGAAGCCCAAAUCUUCCAUCAACAUGGAUGUGGUCACCAGGUCACUACAUGGCGAAUCACUAGCCUCAACGGGCCUAUGACGCCAUGGAAUAUGUAUGAUUCGUUGACCGAUGACCAGGUCGAUUCCGAUUUACGAGGAGCUGCUAUACCAAAUUCACCCCCAAUUGCGAAUCGAGGAUGA